UAUUGGAACACAGCCAUAUUGUGGGAUGCACGGUUUGAAACGGUUAUAACGAUUUUUCUCUGUAUAGUAUAAUAAAAUGAUUCCUGCUAAACCUAAAAAAGACGAAUCCAGACGUUUAUCGAUUCUUAAGCCACACAAACCAAGACAGCCACUGCAGAAUGUGAACCUGAAUUCCUCAUCUAGUGAAAAUAGUCCAACCACAUCAAAGAUUAAAAGACGUGUUAGUUUUGCAGAAAAGAAACAUGUCAAAGAAUUUUGUCAUUCUACGGAGCAAGGAACUGUAUGGGACAACACAUAUGAAGAACAUGAUUUUAGCCUUAAAGGAUCCUUUGGAACAGAUCAAAAUAUAAAAGUUUCUUCUGAAGAUAAGUGUAUAAAUAUUGAUAAUGAGACUAAUGUAGAUUAUACAAACAGCUUUAAUCUAACAGAUAACCAACCAUGUGCUUCUGCUAUAGAAGUGUAUGAAAAUGACAAAGAUGAUAUGAAUUUUACUACUCCAGUGGAACAUGAGGAAUUAUUUAGUCAAAAACUUCCUUUUGUGCAAAUGAUGCUAGAUGGAUCUAAACCUACAUCAAGUAAUACUGUGUGUACAGACAGAGAUAAAGAGAAUUGUGUAAGUGGUAUCAGCAAUGAAUAUUACUCUGAGAUGCAUAUCAGUCAAGUUAAUUCUGAAUUGGAUAGAACAUGUAUCCAAGAUAUGUCUAUGGAAUUUACUACGAUGAUACCUACAUCUUCAGUACCAGUAUAUUGUGAUGUAGAAGAUGAUAAGCAAAAGGAUACACAAAAAGAUAAUAUUGGAUUACAUCAGGAUAAUUUUGAUACAAAUAGUAAUACUAUGGAAAUGACUAAAGUAUCACGGAGAAACAAAGCAAAAACUUUCAAUCUAACUUCAAAGGAACAAGAAAAUAUAUAUGGGAGAAGAGAUAUAAAUAAUUCAAUUACCUAUAUUGAUAAAACUAAAUUAUUAUGUAAAUCUAUGGACAUUACCGAAGCUGCCUUGGUUCCUUCAUGUCACAAGAGAAUGUGUAAUAUAAAGCAUACUGCAGAAUCAUUAAACUCUGAUUGCAAUAAUGACUCAAUGGAAAUUACUGAGGCUAUUCUAAUAUCUACGAAGUCUAUCAAAUCUAAUGUGGAAGUUCUCAAGAAUGUUCCGGUAAUAGUGCAGAAUUGCAAAGAUAGAAGGCAUGAUGUUGCACAUAAUAGCAUGAUGCUUCCAACAAAUUUAGAAUCACCUAAGAGUAUUGUUUCUGAAUGUAAACUUCAAAAUGUUGAUUGUUCUAACUCGCGUUUUAUGCCAGACGAUUCCAUGGAACUCACAAGUGUAGUACAUUCACACAUGAUAGAUACUGAGACAUUUGAUAAGAACAGCAAUGAAAACGAUGUAAAUUUUAAUACUUCGAUGGAAAUGACCAUUAUUUUACCAUCUAAAAUAUACGAAAAAAAUACUACAAAUUCUCGCAACAGAAAUAUAGUUAUAGAAGAUAAUUUCAGAAUAAGUAACGAGAUUACUGAAAAUAUUAAUGAAACUGAGACCGGUGUACCAAUGGAAAUGACGCAGCCUGUAUAUAUGUACGAAAGAAACCUCCUGCAUCUCAAUAAUGAAGAUACAAGAGAAAAUUUACAAAGGAAUCAGAAAAUUAAUUCUGAUGAAACAGAAUUCUUCAGCGAUGCACCGAUGCAAAUGACAGGACCCGUCAAUGGCAUGUUACCUUCGAGUUCUUACAACCAAGAGAAUUUGAAAAUAGACGAACCAGUGUUCAGAAAUAACCAAAAUACAUUCUUGCAUAAUACGUCAAUGGAAAUGACUAAGAUGGUAUCAUCAAGAGAUAGAGAAGAGAUCUCCAAUCUAGUUAUUCAUGAAAAAAAUAUAUGUCGGAAAAGCAAUAUGAAUAGCUCUAUUACUUUUGGUGGAAGAACCAAAUUAUUGUGCAAGUCAAUGGAAAUUACCGAAACUGUUUCAGGUUCUUUGUCGCACGAGAAAAUAAGUAAUAUUAAGAAUAUUGUUACAGAAGCAUUGCUCUCUUAUACUACUAACACUACGUCAACAACACAUUCACCCGAAGAAAAUUCCAUAAGAUCAUCACCCCAAAUUGGCCCAGCUGUAGAUAAUAAUGAAACGCUUCAUAAUAUAUCAAUGGAAAUUACUGUUGCAGUUCCGUUUACUAUACGUCAUAUCGAAAAUACUACAUUAAAUAAAAUGAGAAAUUUGGAUAUUUCUAAAAAUAAUGGAUCUCAACAGCCAACAGCAAAUAACUUAACAGAAUUUAGGAAGGUCGAAACAAAAGAGAAUAUUCCAGUUCUAAGAAAAACUUUGGAGACGACAAAGUUACACGAUGCAUUAUCCAAUACUAGUAUCUUAACAAAUAAUUCCGAUCGUUCGGUAAAAACAAUCUUGACAGAUACCACUACCAAAGCUAUUUCGAAUCUUUUGUUACAUGAGAAAACAACGUGUAAUAUUGAGAAUAUUCCGGAAUUCACGGAAGCAUUGAUUUCUCGUACGUCACAAACACAUUUGCCCGAAGAAAAUUUCGCAGGAUCGUCAUUUCAAAUUGGUUCAGCUGCAAAUAAUGAUAAAACAAUACAUAAUGUAUCGAUGGAAAUUACUACUGUAGUUCCAUCUACUAUACAUCAUACAGAAAACACGCUAAAUGGAAUGAAAAAUUUGAAUAUUUCUAAAAACAAUGAAUCCCAACAGCCAAUAGCAAAUAACAUGACAGGAAUUAGGCAGAUAGAAAUAAGGGAAGAUGUUACAAUUCCAGGAGAAACUAUAGAUACAGCAAAGUUGUACAAUGCAUCAUCUAAUAUUGUUCUAAUGAAUGAUUUCGAUCACUCGUUAAGCGCAACUUUGACAAAUGCUAGCAAGAGAAGAUCAACUCAUGAAGAUGAAAAUACAAGUGCGAAAAAGUUUCGUAGCGAUUCUCUCAUGGAGUCUCAACUCCCUGUUUGUCGCAACGCGCAUUUAUCUUUCGUGGCUGACGACAGAUACGUUAACAAUGAAUAUCUAACGGGAGAGACCAUCGAUCCUGCACGAAUCUCAGUUCUAUCAUGCGGGUCCAAUGUCAAUGAUGAUUUGAACAAAAUGGACGAAUGCAGCUUUUUGAGAAAGAAUCUAGAAAACAGUCUCGUAGAAUUGCAGUCGAUCAAUCCACCGUCGUUUGUCUACAUGAGCAGUGAGGAAGAGAACUCUUCUCUUGAAGUUUUACGGGAAGAUAAACUUUGUAGAUUAAACAUCACCGAUGCUGUAUCAACUAAUAAUGAGAAUUAUAACUCCGAGAAAUUAGAAUCGAUGUACAUUAGACACAAUGAAACGGAAAAUUACCACAGAAGCACCGUGACGAAUACAAUUGAAAAUAAUCAGGGCAUUCAUUGCCAAGCAGUUGAAAGAAUAAUUAUCAAUGAUAAUCGAGCCGAUGAAUCGAAUCGUCGUACAACAAAUGUAGAGCAUCUCAAUGAAGAAAAUGUGCCAUCGAUAAGUGACAUUAGUCGUAGAAAGACGAUAAUACUAUCCAACACUGAUUAUUUUACAGAAACAAAAGUAACGAGAAAAUAUCAAGAAAUGGGUACUUUCGAGAUGGAUGAAAAUGAAUACACCCGAGAGAAGAUAAACGAUGAAGUAGAAUUACAAAAUAUUGAACAGGAAAAACAAGAUAGAAGAGCAGGAUGUUCCAAGAUAGAAGAGCAAGCAGAACAUUGUAAUGAUCAUUUGAAAGAAACAGAAGCUACAGUUAAAGAUCGAGUGAAUCGAGAUGAGUAUUGCCAAGAGAAUUUAAAUGAUAAAGUGAAUCCACAAGGUAUGGAGCAAAAAGAAGAUGUAGAAGAAAGACACGACACGGAGCAAUGCGUUGAUGGAAUUGAGAAAGAACCUUCAAUCGAACCAGAUCCAUUUUUGUCGUUACUACAAAAAUUAGAAUCGUAUGCAGAGAGGAAAGACUACAUCUGGAACGUGUAUUACAAAAAUGUCGACAAGAAAAUGAUCGCGUUCGGCUUCAUGUCGAAUUCAUUGUUGAUAGUAACAUUCUUAUCGGACCUGAAUUAUUCCGAAGAGAAUGCGAUUAAAGAGAUCAAGAUUAUCUCUCGACUCGCAGAUGAUGCAGAUGUGCUAAUAAAGAUAGUUCAUAGUUUAAUUUUGGAGAAAAUCAACAUGGAAACAUUUACGUGCUCAUACAGAACUCACGAGGACGUUCUUCCGAUGCUAGACUUUGUUUCGCAAGAUGUGAAACUAGCGAUGAAUUUCAUGUUUGACUUGAAACGCUUGGACAGCUUGAACUUGAUGGAGAUUGCUUGCGAUGAAAUUUCGUUCGUGUCUCGAAGCAAACGUAUGGAUAUUAUAUUGAAGAUCACGAUCAAUGUGAAACGUUUCGACAAGCUUACUCCAAGUGAUGUUAACAUUCGUUGUUUACUGGGUACAAUAAAAGAAACGGACGUUAAAAACUUGAUUAAAAAUGUGAAAAAGGAUUACAAGUUUCUAAGUCGGUAUAUGAAUGACGUGAGAAAUUAUAUCGAUAUAAUGGAAGAGAUUUCACCAACUUGUUGAUUGACUAGAUGAUUGUGAGUUGUAUCGACAUUUUGUAAAAACGUUACUCGGAUUAUACGAGUUAGGAUAAGUAAAUUGUUAAUAUUAUCGAUAUUCUGUAAAUGAUCGUGCUAUUAUUUGCCUUGUCGCGCAAUCUCUUAGGAGAUUGACAUUUAGUGCACAAUUAUAAUUGUUUUUUAUAUUUUUAUA